AUGACUGACGAGACAUUCCUCAGCUUCCUGGGUUUCUUUCAGGAUUUUUCUUCUCAGCUCAAGCACGCGUCCCAUACCCUCUCUCCCCCUUUCCUCUUGCCUCUCCCCUCCAGCCCUGGCACCCCUGUGUUAGGUCCUCGCCCACAUUUGGGGGUCCUGGGGAGAGAUGCCCUGGGCAUUCUAGUUGUUUCUGUCCUGGUGUGGGUAUUCCAGACUCUGCCAUUUCUGUGGCCCUGCGGUCUGCUUUGUCUUAGCCUCCGUGGACCAUGUUCUAGAGUCAUCUCUCUUUCCUUCGUUGCUUUAAGGGAGAGCAUUCAGAGUUAA